ACAGCACACACUAAUUUCAAUUUUUCUUCACGUUUCUCUCUCAUCUAAUCUCAUCUUCAAGUCAAAUUUCAUGAAGUAAAGAUCCCGAAUUUCUCUGAAUCGCAUACCUAACUUAACUCACAGAUUCCUCCAAUCGCUCUUGCUGUUGUUUCGGCGCCUGUGUAGCAGCUAUGGCAGCAACGAUGGUGAGUUCAGCGGGUGGUUUAUUAGCGAUGCUGAGUGAGAACAAUCCUAUUCUUAAGCUCCAUGCUCUGUCUAAUCUCAACGCUUUCGUUGACAACUUUUGGCCGGAGAUCUCCACGAGCAUUCCUUCCAUAGAGAGAUUGUAUGAAGAUGAACAGUUUGAUCAACGACAACUUGCAGCCUUGCUUGUUUCAAAGGUCUUUUAUUACCUGGGUGAACUUGAUGACUCAUUAACUUAUGCCCUUGGUGCUGGUUCUUUGUUCGACAUAUCAGAAGAUUCUGAUUAUGUUCACACACUUCUUGCUAAAGCUAUAGAUGAAUAUGCCAGUCACAAGACAAAAAUAGCUGAAUCUAUUGGUGACAAAGAAAGUGUGGAUCCUAAAUUGGAGGCAAUUGUUGAGAGAAUGUUGGAUAAGUGUAUCUUGGAUGGAAAAUAUCAACAAGCAAUAGGAAUGUCAAUUGAAUGUAGAAGAUUGGAUAAACUGGAAGAAGCAAUCAUGAGAAGUGAUAAUGUCCAUGCAACCUUAUCAUACUGUGUCAAAGCUUCUCAUUCCUUUGUUCAUCUCCGUGAAUAUCGCUGUGAGGUGCUUCGACUCCUUGUUCAAGUCUACCAGAAGCUGCCCUCUCCUGAUUACUUGAGUGUAUGCCAGUGUCUCAUGUUCCUCAACGAAGCAGAGGGUGUUGCAGAGAUUUUGGAAAAGAAAUUACGAUCAGAAAAGAAGGAUGAUGCCUUGUUAGCAUUUCAAAUAGCGUUUGAUCUUGUCGAGAAUGAACACCAGUCUUUUCUGUUGAGGGUGAGAAAUCUGCUUUCGAGUUCUCUUCAGACUUCAGUACAGGAAGGAGUGCCCCAGCAGGAUGUGUCUGAAGAUGUUCAAAUGGAAGAAGAAGAUAAGGCCUUAGUUGUUCUAGAUCCAAACGUAACAAUCUAUGCCGAGAGGCUAACUAAAAUCAAGGGAAUUUUGUCUGGGGAGACUUCCAUACAGCUGACACUCCAGUUUUUAUAUAGUCAUAACAAGUCUGAUCUUCUAAUACUGAAGACAAUAAAGCAGUCAGUUGAAAUGAGGAAUAGUGUCUGCCACAGUGCAACCAUAUAUGCCAAUGCUAUUAUGCAUGCUGGAACAACAGUUGACACGUUUCUUCGAGAGAAUCUGGAUUGGCUAAGCAGGGCCACCAAUUGGGCAAAAUUCAGUGCUACUGCAGGGCUUGGUGUUAUCCAUAGAGGCCACCUGCAACAAGGUAGAUCACUCAUGGCCCCUUACUUGCCACAGAGUGGGGCUGGUGGUGUUGGUGGUGGUAGCCCUUAUUCAGAAGGUGGUGCCCUUUACGCUUUAGGUUUGAUUCAUGCAAACCAUGGUGAAGGGAUCAAACAAUUUCUACGCGACAGUUUGCGCAAUACCAAUGUUGAGGUUAUACAGCAUGGUGCAUGCUUGGGGCUUGGGUUGGCUGCUCUUGGAACCGCUGAUGAGGAUAUAUACGAUGACAUAAAAAAUGUUCUUUACGUUGACAGUGCAGUUGCUGGAGAAGCAGCUGGAAUUAGUAUGGGAUUGCUGAUGGUAGGAACUGCCAGUGAAAAGGCUGGUGAAAUGCUUGAAUAUGCACAUGAGACACAGCAUGAGAAGAUCAUCAGGGGAUUAGCUUUGGGGAUAGCACUUACUGUGUAUGGAAGAGAAGAGGAAGCUGACACGCUAAUUGAGCAGAUGACUCGAGAUCAAGAUCCAAUUCUUCGAUAUGGUGGCAUGUAUGCUUUAGCACUGGCUUAUAGCGGAACAGCAAACAACAAAGCCAUUCGCCAACUCUUACAUUUUGCUGUUUCAGAUGUCAGUGAUGAUGUCAGACGGGCAGCUGUUAUAUCUCUCGGUUUCGUCCUUUUAUCGGAACCAGAACAGACUCCUCGGAUUGUCUCCUUGCUGUCUGAAUCGUACAAUCCCCAUGUUCGAUAUGGUGCUGCACUUGCUGUUGGAAUUUCCUGUGCAGGAACUGGACUUUAUGAGGCCAUAUCCUUGCUUGAGCCACUAACAUCAGAUGUAACUGAUUUUGUCCGUCAAGGUGCUUUAAUUGCAAUGGCUAUGGUGAUGAUCCAGGUUAAUGAAGCCAGUGACUCCCGUGUUGGCACAUUCAGGAAACAAUUGGAGAAAAUUAUCCUGGAUAAGCAUGAAGAUACAAUGAGCAAGAUGGGAGCUAUUUUGGCUUCGGGAAUACUUGACGCUGGAGGAAGAAACGUGACGAUAAAGCUGCUUUCGAAGACUAAACACGACAAGAUAACUGCAGUAAUAGGUCUUGCUAUUUUCAGCCAGUUCUGGUAUUGGUAUCCCCUUAUAUAUUUCAUUAGCCUGGCAUUUUCGCCAACAGCCUUUAUUGGCUUAAAUUAUGACCUAAAAGUUCCAAAAUUCACAUUUGUAUCUAAUGUCAAACCAUCCAUGUUUGAGUAUCCAAAGCCCACUACAGUUGCCACUACCACCUCAACCGUGAAACUUCCUACAGCUAUUUUGUCAAUAUCAGCAAAGGCCAAGGCUAGGGCUAGUAAGAAGGAAACCGAUAAAGCUAACGCUGCUGAUAAGUUAUCUGCGGCAGAUUCCUCAUCAGCAAAAGGGAAAUCUUCUGUAGACAAGGACACUGAUUCCAUGCAGGUUGAUACUCCUGCAGAAUCAGUUGAUAAGAAGACAGAACCAGAACCGAUAUUUGAAAUAAUAACGAAUCCUGCAAGGGUUGUUCCUGGUCAAGAGAAGUACAUAAGAUUUUUUGAAGAUUGUGAGGAAAGACGAUAUGUGCCAAUUAAGGUAGCACCUUCAGGUUUUGUUCUACUGAAAGACACCCGUCCACAUGAACCAGAAGUGUUGUCUUUAACUGACACACCAUCGUCAAAUAAUAAUAAUGUUUCGAGCAGCACUGCACAACCGAGUUCAGCUUCAUCCAUGUCACUUGAUGAAGAGCCUCAGCCGCCUCAACCAUUUGAGUAUUCAUAAGGCUUCAAUUGGAUUCCUUUUAUUAUAUGUUCUUUUCUUGUCUCUUGGAUCAAAAAUAUAUUAAACGAAAAUGGGGGUUGAAACCGUCGUGUUUCACACUUGUACUAGAUUAUUGAGCAAGGUUUGUUAUCGGAUUUUCUUUUCUAAAUUUAUACCCAUGAUAUUGAUUUUCAGAAAUAUG